GGUGCUCUCAGCAACUGGCAGGGCAGAUGUGCCAGCAGAACAUAGGAGUAUGAAACACCACAUACUCGCACUUUCAUUCCUCCAUUUCGCACUCUCAUUCCUCAAAAAAUCUCCCAGCAUAUAGCUCGAUUCUAAAUGAAGGUUCAUGUUUUCUGCACCCUGUGUUUACAUGAAGAGACCAUGAAUGUGGAUCAGAAGGAUGGGAAAUGUUGUGCGAAGUACUGUGGCCUUCGUCCCCUCAGAGCGAUGUCAACGAUUUUUAGUAGGGGACUUGAAAGAGAUGCCCCUUGAUCGUACACUUGACCUGAGCAGCCAUCAGUUACGUCACCUUCCCAUCAGAGCUUCUGCCUUCAAUGAGCUAGUCAAACUCUACCUGAGUGACAACCACCUGAGCAAUUUACCAUCAGAGCUGCGAAACCUGCAAAAGCUACAGCUCCUAGCCCUGGACUUCAACUGUUUUGAGGAGCUGCCUCUGGUAGUCUGCAGCCUCAUACAGCUUAACAUCCUCUACCUCGGCAAUAACCAACUUUAUGGGCUGCCUAAGGAGCUAUGCCAACUCACCGAGCUUAAAACGUUGUGGCUAGAGACCAACUGCUUCACCAAAUUCCCUCAAAUAGUAUGUGAGCUUCCCAAUAUCAAGACCCUCCAUUUGGGCUACAAUCAGCUACAUAGCUUACCCGCAGAGCUCGGUCGACUUGAGGAGCUCCGUAGCAUCUGGCUAGCAGGGAACAUUUUAAAUGAGUUCCCUUCUGUGCUACUGAAGAUGCAUUACUUGGAAGUGAUUGAUGUGGACCGAAAUCAUAUUUGCCAUUUUCCGUCACUCGCCCAUUUAAGAGGGCUAAAGCAUGUAAUCUACGACCACAAUCCUUGUGUUAAUGCACCCUUGGUGGGUGAUGGGUGUGAAGGGUAGGCCACUGGGCAGAUAGCUCUGACGAUGAAGAAGAUGAGACUGAAGGAAAGGUGGCCAAAGUAGGCAUGAAAAUGCAGGGGUUGCUGGAAGAAAAUGAGUGAAGAAAGCAAC